CGAAUAUUAUUUCUUUUCCCAAGGGGCAUUUGAGUUUUGAGCGGUUUGCUCAUGGUUUGGCGGUUUGAGGUUCGACACUUGUGAGUGCGCACAAGGGAGUGACGAGGCCGUGCACGGCUUCCUGUGUUGCGCAAAGUCUUUCCCUUCCCUCGUCUGCAAAAUGCAUCGUGGGGACCGUGGAAAUUAAAAAUGGCAGUCUUCAUCGUAUGACCCCCCAGAUUCCCAUGUUUUGGCUGUAAUUUGAUAAGCGCGAUUUUGUGCAUUAUCGCGUAUCCGAAGUUAUUAUAUAUGCCAGCCUUGCCAGAAUAGAAAGGGGACAGCCCUCAGUAGUCCAGCUUUUUCGUCAACUUUCAUUUAUUGUCUGUUGGAGAGGAUUUCUAUUGUGACACCUCAUACAUCGUUCUCUUCGAGCUUCUAGUGAAAUGACUGUGGGCCUGUGGGGACUGUCAUGACCAUAUAAAGAAGAAUACCACUGCCACUGAAUAUUCUCAAAGAAUGCAUCAUCUUAAUUUAUUUCCAAGACUGUCAAAUUAGACACUCUGUAAAUUAAAUAUUUUCUUCUGAAUAAUUUAAAAUCUAACUUUUCUAAAUUGGAAAAACAGAAAUGUUUUGGCAAGCAGAUAGCAGCUUGUUAAAUGUAUCUUAUACAUGCUCUGUUUGUCAGUCAGAAACUACUAUCUGAUGAUUCUUUCAAAGUUUAUUUUAAUGUUUUACCCCGCAAGGGACUAGCUAGAUUAAGGAAUCAUACUCUCAGUUCGAGUGUAUAGGGUAUAUAUUAUCUAAGUUUGGCUGUGUUCUUUUCAAAAGAACAUUUCUACUCCCACCUUGGGAGAUCCAAUAUAAUUUCAUCUGUGAGCAAUGAGUAGCACAUGUAAAUGGACAUGCGAAUAUUGUACAUACGAAAACUGGCCAUCAACUCUAAAAUGCACUAUGUGCAGAGGUGCAAAGCCCCUUUUAGGAGAAGAUAUUUAUCGAUUGCAAGAUGAAGAAGACUCACUUUGCCAUACUGGUGGAGUAAGUUUAGCUUCCGGACCUCUCAGGGAAAGAAGUUGUCCCACAAGUAAUGGAAAAUGGUCAUGUGAAGCUUGCACAUAUCUAAAUUGGGAGAGAGCAGGAAGAUGUGUCCAGUGUUACACCCCCAAGUCAUCAAAAGCUGCUGUAAUUCAAAAUGAAGUACCAGUUGCUGGCCGUCCUGAGUCCCCUCCUCGGGAACAAUGUGAAGCUGCAUCUGUUCGUAUUUGUGCAAGCUCUCCUUCACCAAGCGACAGAGCUGCCUCUCUUCUUAAUGGAUACAAAUGGUCGUGCUCUAUUUGCACAUACGAGAACUGGCCAAAAGCACAAAGAUGUGUGAUGUGUAAUAAUGCUGCACCAAACAAUACUUCAAACCCAUGUCGCACUUCUCCUCGUCUGUCUCCAAGAAAUUCCCCAAGAGCAUCUCCAAGUGUGAAUGAGAAUGGCCGUAGUUCUCCCCAAGAUGAUCUUGCAAAUGCUUUAAGAAGUUUAUCAGUGUCAAGAAUAGUUGAGGGUAGCAAUGAAAGUGUUAUACAAACACAGUUGAAUAAUUGUGAAUAUGAAAGACGUCUUCGACAAUUGCGGCGUCAAGCAAGCUGGGGAUGGCUAGCUGCUUGUAUGGGUGUGGUUGAUGGUGAUCCUAACCCAGUUGAAGCAUAUCUAGCAGCAGGAGGUGACCCAGCCAGACAACUUACAGCCUCUGAAGUUUCUCUCCUCAACCGACCAUCUGCUUUUGAUGUAGGAUACACUCUUGUUCACCUGGCCAUUCGCUUUCAUCGUGACGAUCUAUUGGCCCAACUUCUGUCUCAAAUUGAGGGUGGUGGCUCAGGAAUGAAGAGAGUUCCAUCUUAUGUAGCACCUGACCUUGCUGCUGACAUCCGAAGGCAUGUUGCAACCACACUACGGCAGAGAAAAGGCAGUUUUCCUUGUUAUUAUGUUACCGAAAUUACUACAUUUACCUUACCAGAUACAGAUGAACUUCCUACACCUGUACAGGACCAGCUCUUGCAGGAAUUGCUUGAUAAUGAAGCACAAGCUACUCUGGAAGCAGAGCCUGGAGUGAUCAAUUGGAGCCUAGAACUGACAGUUCAUCUGGGAUCCCGGUUGUAUGCUUUAUGGAAUCGGUCUGCUGGUGACUGCCUUUUAGAUUCCUUGAUGCAAGCAACUUGGGGUGUCUUUGAUCGAGACAAUCUCUUGAGAAGAGCUCUUGCUGAUAGUUUACAUCAAUGUGGACAUGUGUUUUAUCCCCGUUGGAAGGAUUAUGAAACUGGGCAAGCAAGACUUCUUCAUUUUAGUUUAGAAGAGGCGCAGUGGCAGGAUGACUGGGCUUCUCUCCUUUCAUUAGCAUCCCAGCCAGGGUCAUCCCUGGAACAAUUGCAUAUCUUUGCUCUGGCUCAUAUUUUGAGGAGGCCUAUUAUUGUUUAUGGAGUUAAAUAUGUGAAAAGUUUUCGUGGAGAAGACAUUGGUUAUGCCAGAUUUGAAGGUGUCUAUUUGCCCUUACUAUGGGAACCAAGCUUCUGUACCAGAUCCCCACUUGCUUUGGGCUACACUCGCGGCCAUUUCUGUGCUUUAGUCUCAAUGGAACCUGACACUGGAAGUGUUGGUCAAGCAAUUGCCUCUGACUGUGGUGAUAUAAGCUUUCUUCCUCUCAUGGAUCGCGAACGCAAAUUGCUGCCAGUUCAUUUUCUUACUCAAAAUGAGAUGGGUGAUGAAGAAGCAUUGAUGCGGCAAUGGUUGGAUGUAAGCUGUACUGAGAGUGGUCUUCUUGUGGCACACCAAACGCUCAGAAAGCGACCUAUACUGGUUGGACAGAUGGUUGAAGAAUGGCUUAACCAUUACAGACGACUUGCGCAAAUGACCAGUGCACCUUUUGUAAGACCAGUACCAGUCCAAGAUUAUUCAAGUGAAGGGGAUUCUGAUGAAGAGUAACAUCUUAAUAUGUAGAUACUCACACAUCAGAUUAUGUUUCCUUUCUUACGAACUAAUUUUCAGAGUAAUUAAGCAGUUAAAUAAAAGUAGUCCUUAAUUCUGUAUCAGACCAAAGAAAUUUCAAGUCCCUUCAUUAAAAAUUCUUUUUGAUGUGGAGUCAAACUCCUGUUUGUGUAAUAUGCAGUGAAACGAGUUGUUAUUAAAUUUGUUGCCUUGCUGUAAGGCACAAGGCAUCUUGCAAGAGUUACUUACUAGGCACGGUUAUACUCUGUUGAGUUCUUGGAGCCACAAAUUUAUAUGUCCUUGGUAUUUCAAACUGUAAAUUACUGUUGACAUUCUGCUGGGAUUUAACAAUUCUUGAAUAUUCAAUUCUUCUUGUGUUUGUUUUGGAUUGUUGUAUCUUCCAAUGUUCAUUUGGGGAAAUAAGGAAAUCAUCGAGAGUAUAUUGAUGCUCAGAAUAUGCAAAUAUUUUGAGCAAUUUUGUAUGCUGCAUAAAUGCACCAUAUGCUCUCAACCAAUCCUUAAACAGCUCUAACACUGCCGUAGAGGUAAUGCUGUUUUGUACAUCUAAUAGGUCUUGUCAAGAAAUUUGGCGUGAUAUUUUUUUCUCAGCAACUCUUGUAUUUGACUAAUUAGGCUUUAUAAACUUCGCAAACAUCAUUUUUUUUCUUUUCCUUUUCUUUUUAAAAAAUAAAAGGUUUUUGAAGUUUUUACAUAUUUAAUAUUUCACACCCUAAUGUCUCUAAAUUAAUUGCAGUUUUACUAAGUCUGUUGCAACUGUACAUAAGGCCUAUGAAUAUGGGGGCAUUGAUUUACCAGCAAUGAUUCUUUGAAAAUGUGCUAGUAGGCUCCCAGACAACUCUCAAGUGUGAUAUGUAAGUUCUUCUGGUAACUUUUAUACACUCAUGCUCUGUUGCUUUCCUACAAUUUGUGAUGUGUAAAUUUGUAGGGAGAAUUACUCCAGAAUGUUUUGCUUUCAGCAAUCUAAUGUGAGAUUUUUCUGUACUGAGGAAAUGAAUGUACACAGCGUGUCAUUGGUUAGUUCUUGUUAGAAAAAGUACCUGGUUUAAAUAUUGUUACUUGCUCGUUUUUUGUUUUUUUCUUGUGUGUGCUCAGUUUGAGUAUUUUAAAGUUGUCAUAUUGUUCCCCGACAAAUUGGCAAAUGAUUCAAAAUUUGUAUUGCUUAUUGUUUGGCUGUAUUGUAUAACAUUUCAUUCUAGUCAAAAGCUUAUGCUUUUACCUGCUCUACUUCCUUCCCCGGUUAAAACAUGCUCCACUCAAAUUUGAGUCAAGAUGCUUUGUUGAACCCCUCUCAAGAUUUACUAUAGUUUUCUCCUGCUUUUUCGUAUUUUCAUUAUUUUCUUUCUACCUUUUAAUUGAGUCUACAAGUCUAUGUAUGUAUGUAUGUAUGUAUGUAUGUAUGUAUGUAUGUAUGUAUGUAUGUAUGUAUUGAAAUUUUCAACUGUAUACAUUUAUAGUUGAGCUAAAAUAAUUUUUGUUAAUAUUCUAGGGUUUUGGUAAAGCUUUACGUUUCUGAACAAUAUCAAAUUACAAUAGCAUUAGAAAAUCCGCAUACCUGUUUUAUCUAUGGUCAUUUUCUAAUUUCUUAAAUAGGUAACUGCUUUCUGUUUUUAACAGUUGCACAUUUAUGGAGAAAUCGCUUGUAGAAUGGUUAGCAAAUGGUGUUAUCAUUUUCUUAUCAUCAUUAUUGUUGUUACCCUUCCAGCUAUUUGUUUUCUAAUCCCUUAAUGCCUGGCCUUGAAAUAAUUUUAUUCUGGCCACUUAAGAGGAUAAUCUAGUCUAAUCUUUAAUCUUAGAUCGUAUAUACCUUAUCAUAUUAAAUUGUUUCUUUCUCUCUCCUUUUUAUUUUUCAGUGGCCCGUUCAAUGUGUUGCUAAAGUUGGUUUGAUGCAUUGUUAUGGUUGAUCAAUAUGCGGUCCAGAGGUGACUUUUCCUUUAGAUUAGUGGUCUACUUUUCUUGCUUGUAUGGUUUUGUACUGCAGGUUAUCUUAGUUUUUGAGCGGUUUAGAGGAUAGUUUGGGUGAGUGGUGCUUUUGAUUUAUGAAAGUAGAAGGCUCUUUAAGAGAAAGUUUAUUUUUGAACCAUUCAAUGUACUGACUGUUAUAUAUCACACACAUAAAAAUAUAAUUGCAAAAAAAAUCUACUUCUCUUUUGUUUGAUAUAACAAUAUUCAGCCAGAUUUUUACAAACUCACUAUUUUAGAUCUUGUUCUUAGAGUCAAGGCAGAGCGUCAGUGAUGACAAUGUUAGAUUUCUUUGAGAGGUUUCCAUUCAAAUGUUGGUAAAAUGUAUGAUACCUUCAAUUUUUUGAAUUUCAAGGAAGAUUUAUCAAAUGUGCGUUGUUGUUGUAUUGUCUCAUGAUGUACAUGAUGUGGUACAUUAUCCGUAUCGUUUGCAGAAAAGUUUUUUAUUCAAUCGUGUUUGGUUAAAAGAAUUUUACAUGUUAACUUUUUGCUGUAGUAGCACACUCACUGGACGUGAUUUUGAUGCUGUAGUUUAAAUUUCUACAUUGUUGGGGAUACUGGUAGCACUUUUUUUCCCUAAUUAAGCUGCUCAAUCUCAUGAAUUUCAAACUUACUCCAGGACCAAAGGAGAAGACUGCAGCACCUGACAAAGAGGAAAACAACUAGGCAAUGAAUAUUUUUCAUUUAUGUCAUGGGCGCACAGACUUCUUUGAGUACCAUUAUGGUGUAACUAAUUUAAUGAGAAGCAUAAAGUACUAACAACUGUAUAGCAACUAAUUUUUAUUAACAUAUAACAUGAUGCUGUUUAUGCACUAUGACCAUAUUUGAACACUGGCGAGUGAACACCAAAACUGACUUAUUAAGAGGCAUUGCCCUAUGUUAUCUUGUGUGAUAAAGGUUGGGUUCAUUCUGGUAUUUUGUUAAGAGGAUGAUGCUCCUUCUGUUGGGAAAUAACUGUAUAUAUAAUAUAUCUAUCUAUAGUUGGAAGAUUUAUCAAAAAAAUUGUCUUAAAAUGUUCCAAAAGUUGAGUAUUUAUAGAAAAAGCAUUGUUAUGGCUAGUAUGUAGGAUUGUUGUACUAAAGAAAGAGAUUAUAUUGAUUUGUUCACACCCUCCAAGCUCAAAA